AUGGAUGUCCUCGUCUACUCGGGCCCCGAGGUCCUUCCAUCCUCCCUGGCCCAUUGUAUUAACACCCUCCGCUCACUGCUAGUCCCAAACUAUGCCGUCCAAGCACUCCCACACCAGCCUCUCGUCUCUCAGCCCUGGUCUGCCAAUUGUGCGCUUCUCGUCCUUCCCACUUGUCGCGGCUUCCUGCCCUCCCUGCCGUUCCGCUCGGCCGUGAGUGCUUUUAUCGAGAGUGGCGGCGCCCUCCUGGUAAUCGGCGCCAGCGUGUCGACUCCGCGGCCUGUCAUACCUGCGGUAUCGCUCGAAGAUCGGCUGGCGCAUCUGAGGUUGUACGAUGGCAAGUCGAUGCGGCUUUUGGACAAGGUUUCUGGAAGUAUGUUCGAUGUCAGCCUCAGAGGGUGGUCGGAGGAUUCGCUUCGAUCGGUGACUGUAGAAGCCACAGGCGCACAGCCUAUUCGUGGUAUCAUUGCUCCUGCUGAUUUUGGAAAGCUCGACGUGGAUACCACAGGAGAUAGUGCAGAGGUGAUUGCUAGAUACGUUGACGCUGGCGACGAAACGAACUUAGCCGCUGCGAUUCUUUGUUACGUCGGCAAGGGCAGCGCAGUCUUCUGGAAUAGCCUUAUCGACCAGCCACUCACGGAGGAACCUGCGGUGACCAUUCUGAGCCAGGCAGAGCCGCCUCUAUCCCAGGAUAAAAUCAGCGCUACCGAGCGGGGACGACAGGACCUGCUUCGAAUGACUCUCCAACGGCUGGGUCUAGUCCUCCCGAAGAAGAAGCUCACUGUGCUCAGUCCCUUACCGCAAUUCCUCAUAAGCACGCCAUCCAAGCCGUGGAUCGUCGAGCGGGUCAUGCAGGAGCUGUCCAUACACUCCCUGGAAGAGCCACACAUACUGAAGGACAACGCCGACACGUUUGAAUUUCGCGAUGCCUCGAAGGAUUCGGACUUACCGGACUCUGCGCGAGAGGCAGCAGCGAAGAACGUAAAGCUGGAUGCUUCGGUUUUGCAGCCGAAGAUUGUGCUUCUUGGUAAGGACGGGACCAUUCCCUCGGUGGAGCAGACCCCGCUAUUCGAUAUUCGCAACUUCUAUGAGGAACUAGUCGUCGCCCGAAGGGAAAACCACUGCCUGGAAUGUGCGGAACCUUGGGGAAUGGGCGAGGCACUGCUCUACGGCGAGGUGGUCACGAGCACCCAGUCGAUGCUAGAUAAGAACCUUCGCCUACUCUCCAGCCUUCCUUCACCGCUAGUCUCCGUCGCCUCGCACCAACUUGCAGGCCGCGGGCGCGGCGCGAACGUGUGGCUCUCUUCGGGCGGGAGCCUGCUCUUCUCGCUUCUCCUGCGCGUGUCGCUUUCUGACGUGCCCGCUGCGCGUCUCGUGUUCGUGCAGUACCUCUUCGCGCUCGCCGUUGCAGAGGCGUGCCGCGAUCCCGCCGUACUGGGCGACGCGGGCAGGCACGUGAGGCUGAAGUGGCCGAAUGAUGUGUAUGCGCUGAGGGAAGACGGCGUGAGGAAGAAGAUGGGCGGCGUGCUGGUGAAUACGAGUUUCUCAUCGGGGCAAGUGGAGGUUGUGAUUGGAUGUGGCCUCAAUGUAUGGAAUUCGCCGCCGAUCCAGUCGUUGCUGCACCUCGUGUCUCCUGAAUCGCGCACACAGCUGACGAUGGAGCGCACGCUGGCAACGAUACUGGCGAGGUUCGAGAGCAUGUGGAACACGUUUGUGGCUCACAAUGGUUCCUUCGAGCCAUUUUUGGAUCUGUACUAUGAGCGAUGGAUGCAUUCGGAUCAACUCGUCGAGCUCACAACGACGAUGCCCCAUCAGAAAGUGCGAAUUGUCGGUAUUACGAGUGAUCAUGGGCUGUUACGGACUAUGCCGGAGCGAGGUGGAUGGUGGAAUUCCGGCGGUAGCUCUUUCAUCGACUUGCAGCCGGAUGGAAAUAGCUUUGAUCUGAUGGCGGGGUUGAUCAAGGCGAAGCGAUAG